AUGUUCCUACUUGUGAAAAGAUGCGAUUUAACUAUUGUAGGCAGCUCAGUACCAAGACGCGUCUUGCACCAUAGCUAUACCCAAGACCUCCUCCAAACCCAUCUGGUUAGGGCUUAUUCCACCCUUGUUACGUGUCCUCUACGUCGACUCAAACCAAUUGACACGAGAGUUCAUAAGAGAGGCUGCAUAAUGCGUGCUGCCAAUAUCACUCCACAAGAAAAGGGAGAUAUCGCCAUUGUAGAAACACUCUACAUCGGACAUUACGACUUACGAAAGAAACCCACUCUACGGCAUUCUUCUGCCCAUAUAACCCAACCCAUCGCCAAACAAAGAUGCUUGGGUUGCUAUUUGACUGAAAGUGUUCUAGGCUUUCUCGUCCUUGUGUUCUCUUGGUAUUGUUUACAAUUUUGUUUUAAAGUAAGUGGUUACAUUAAUUACACAAAUAUGAGAUUAACCAAUUUAGUCAAACUGUAA